AUGAUGAAUUCAAUCCUUGGUGAUUUCCUCGACAAGUUUGCCCUGGUUUACCUGACGACAUCUCAGCCUUCAGCCGUACCAAAGAAGACCAUUUCAAGCAUGUUCGAUUGGUGCUGGAUCGUUUGCGAGCCCAUAAGCUAUACGCCAAUCUCAAGAAGUGCGAGUUCAACAAGAUUUAAUUGGAGUUUGUCGGCUUCCCGCGAGUGCUCAAGGUAUCCUUAUUAUCCAAGUCCAAGGUCAAGGCGAUCUAAGAGGCCCAUUCCCACCAAUGUUCAAGAGGUGCGGCAGUUUAUCGGUUUGAAGCGUCUCAUUAUAGGCGAUCUAUUCGUGGCUUCUCAACGAUUGCUGCACCACUCACGGACUUGA